AUGAUGGAAGAUCAAGGCGUCUGGGAGGCAGUCAAGCCGACGGUCAGUGUGGCUGUCGACACGAGGAAGGACAAGAAGGCAAGGUUGCAUCUUCUCCAAGCCCUCCAGAAGGAUCUCCUAAUGCAGGAGCCUAAGAAGGCGACAACAAAGGAGGUCUGGGAUUGCCUCAAGAUGAGAUUUGUCGGGGCAGAUCGUGUGAGGAAUGUGUGUUUGCAAAAAUUGAAGAGCGAUUUUAACGCCAUGCGAAUGGAGGAAGAAGAGACAUUGGAUCAAUAUGCGGGCAGACUCACCGGGAUGUUCGUCAAGUAUGCCAACUUGGGGGGAACCCUGAGCGACGCCGCCCUAGUGAAGAAGCUGUUUGACACCGUUUCAAAUCGGUUUCUCAGCGUCGAGUGGAAGGCACGACAGAAGAGAAGCAGUGACGACCCAUCAUUGAUCCGAAAGGAGAGGACUCACGGGGAAGGAGUGGUUCGCAGCCGGGAUGGACGCAGAUGCGGCAGAGGGCUCGGGAGAAGCGGACGUGGCGACCUCCCACUCAAUGAUAGAGCAGGUGGCUCUGGGGGUGGUGGUCGUGACAAAAGUCACAUCUAUUGCUUCAAUUGCAACAAAUUGGGGCAUUAUGCGAACCAGUGCAAGGCCCGCAAAAAGAAGGAGGCGCAUCUCACACAAGCUGACCGCACUGAACCAGCCCUGUUGCUUGCAGAGUUGGAAGAAGUGGUGUCCGCAGCACUUGAACCACCAGAAUGGCAAGAUCAGUAG